CUUACACUCAUCUCCAGCCGCGACGCGUCAAACCAUCUACAUUGUCCACUACGCGUCGGAAUGGACUAUUCCACGGAGAUGAUCGAGGUAGACGCGGAAAUGGUCGUGGAGAUUAGGCGUACUGCUGAGGCAGCCCAAGAACGCGGAUUGCUAGCUGCCACUCAAUGGGCGCUGGGGAUGUUAGUCUCUCUGCCUGACGACCUGCGCUCUGUCCCCAUACCACCGUCACCCUCUGUGGACGAAACAGAGGCGUGCCUGCGUGAAGAGGAAGUGUUCGAACUCGCUCGACAAGCCGUCGGAGACAAGCAGCACCGUCGAGCCAGUCACUUGCUGCGAGAUUGCACGAGCGGAAAAGCUCUCUUCCUCCGAACAUAUUGUUCUUACAUCGCCAACGAAAAGGAUGCGCUCAGGGAAUGGCAUACGCAUGAUGGAAUCCGAACGCAACCACCUACGCCUAUCAACACGAAACUCGCCGACUUAUAUGAGCUCAUUCAGGACACACAAGAUCCAUGGAUGCUCUUUUUACGAGCGCUGUUCCUCUAUCGUCUAUCUCGACAAGAUGAUGCAAUCGACUGUAUCCUCUCUCACCUCGCUUCAGUACCAUGGAACUGGUCGGCCUGGACUCUUCUUGGGAAUUGCAUCAAUGAUCAUCAACAGACUCCCGCUUCCUAUGACCCAUCCUGUGGUAUAUAUCUUCGUGGUCUACACGAUGAACAGUCUCUACACGUCGACUGAAGCAGAGCUGGACCUGUGUGCGCGGCUUCUGCUGUCCUUCCCUCAGAGCCUCUUCAUCAUGGGCCUACGUGCGAACGCUUUCUACAAUCUUCACAAGUAUCCAGAAGCGGAGGCCCAGUUUGAUGUGAUGCUCGGGAUUGACCAGUAUCGCACAGACGAACUGGAGGUGCUCGUCCACGUGCUCUACGCGGUGGAAAACAAGGAGCGGCUGUCCGUGCUCGCCCAAUUCCAUCUUGUCGUCAACAGGGACCGCCCGCAGGUGUGCUUUCUGCUCGGGUGCCACCACUCGCUCCGUUCAGAACACGAGAAGGCCGUCAAGUACUUCCGGCGCGCGACUGAGCUCGAUCGAACGUUCUCCAGCGCGUGGACCUUCAUGGGAACCGAGUUUCUGGACAUGGCUAACUAUCAUGCCGCUAUUGAAUCCUUCCGUCGUGCUGUUGACGCCAACCCGAAGGAUUAUCGGGCGUGGACAGGGCUGGGGAAGGCUUAUGUGAUGAUGGGCAUGCCCCUCUACGGAUUGCACUAUCAAUCUCGUGCACUGCAUAUCCGGCCUGACGAGGCAGAGUGCUGGGAGGAUCAAGCGAAUGCACAAGAAGCUCUCGGAAAAACAGACGAGGCAAUAUCGAGUUACCGUCGGGCGUUGGAAGCCAACGCGCCACAUCCCACGAAAGUCUUCGUCCGCCUUUCGCAGCUGCUGAGUCAAGUCGGGGAUAGCUCCGGAGCUUUGACAUAUGCGCAAGAGGCGAUCAGGGCCGCAGAACUCAACUCGCAGCCCGUGGAGCAAUACGCCAAAGCUCUGGUCGCGGUGGCCGAGUUCCAGCUGCGGCAGCCGACGGGAGACUGGAAGCGCGCGCGGGACUAUCUCGAACGGGUUCUGGCCCAUACGUCGCCGUCGGGAGACGACUCGUACCACGGCAAAGCGCUGGAAUUGCUCAAAAUGGCGAAAACAAAACUGCAGAUGCGCGGGAUGAUGAUAUAGACGUCUCAAUGUACACUGUAUGAACCGAGCACGGAAUCUGUCGGGCAUGCGAGGUCCGUAUUCCCGUGUACGUCAAUCAGAUUUGCGUGUAUUCCCUGUUGCUAGACAGGGACCCACUUCCCUGGCAAACAUGAAUCCAUCGAUCUCGUAGUGGAAUCUGUCGUUUCGCUGCUACAUAUAUCCCUCUUCGUCCAUAUCGUCCCAAGGCCAAUGAGCG